AUGCCUCCAAAGAACAAUUCCAACUCAGGAUACUCAAGCGAACACUCUCCCGACAAGCCAGACGAGGAAGUCCUGUCCGAUUUUGAGGAAGACUCAUCUUCCAGUUCAGAGUCUCCACCCAAAGAGAAGCGAGUCACCACAUCUGAAAGCGAAUAUGACGAUAUGGUUACCGUGAGCAAAGACAGCACACCUAGUCCCACCGCAAGCACUCUCCUGAUCGAGUUUGAACUUGAGGAUAUUAUGCAGGCAAAAGAGAUGAACGAGAAGUGGAUGAAGGAGUUAAGUGAUGCAGAGAGAGCGAAGAAGAUGAAGGAACUGCUGGAUGAAUGCACUGCCAAGAGGAAGGAGAGGGAAAGAGCAGCGGUGGAAGAAAUGAAGAGGAGAAUGGAGGAGGAUGACGAAGAGGAACAAUAUGAGGGCAAAGGUAAGGGUAAGCAAGUCUAG